AUGUGGCUUCUGGGGCUUCAAGAUGGCGGCUCCUCGCUCCUCGCGCGCCUCCUCCGCUUCUCAGGCGUGAUACUGGCCGCGUUACUCGCCUACGCCUUUCGAAAAGGUUAUCGAGUUCGCAAGAAGUUCCAGGCCCUCAAGGAUCAGGGGAUCCCCAUUAUGAAACAUUCUAUGAUUCUCGGUCACCUUGAAGUUGUUGGGAAACUCGUAUCAACACUUCCACCUGACGCCCACGGCGAUUACCUGAUGCUAAAGAUUCAAGAGAACUGGCGAGAACUCUUCCCUCAAUGCACAAAAUGCCCACCCGUUGCUUAUAUCGAUACGUGGCCCUUCACGGCCCCGAUGGUUAUCUCUCUCAACGCAAAUGUUUCGGCUCAGUUCACACAAGAACACUCAUUACCCAAGGCUUACGAACAAAAGCAUGUUCUCUAUCCCCUCACAAAGAACCGAGAUUUGGCCUCUAUGGAGGGUGCGGAGUGGAAGGUCUGGCGUAAAAGACUGAGCCCAGCUUUCAGUAUUCAAAACAUUAAUAGCCGUUUACCAGACAUUCUUGAAGAGGUGGAGGACUUUGCCAAUGUUCUCAAGAGCAAAGCAGGAAAAGACGGAGAAUGGGGCGAGGUCUUCCCACUUGGAGAUGCCACUGCCAACCUCACUCUCGAUGUCAUCAUUCGCCUCUUUCUGAACAUUCGCAUCCACGAGCAGUGGGGAAGAAGCUCGCCUGUUUGUGCCGCCCUCCUUGACAGCAUUUCUAGGUUGUACUUCUUCGUCAAUCCUGCCAACUUCAUCCAAUACUGCAAUCCGUGGCGCCAUCUCAGACUCUGGCAGAACUACAGAACUCUUGUCAAAAGCUUCACUCCUGCCCUUCAAGAACGCAUGAACAAGCUUCAGCAGGAUCGCACAGCGAAGGGAAAGACACUGGUCGAUCUAAUCGUACAGGCUCUCGAGGCCGAGAGAGCUGAACAGAAAGGAGCAGGACAGGACAGCAAGGACCAAUCGAGCAUGGAGCUUGACGCUGACUUCCUGGAGAUGGCAAUUGGGCAGAUCAAUACUUUCCUCUUCGCAGGUUUUGAUAUCACUGCGGCAACUAUUGCUUGGCUUUUCCGCUUGCUCAGCGAAUAUCCAGAUGUUUUGGCCAAAUUGCGAGAGGAGCAUGAUACAGUCCUUGGCCCGAAUGCCUGGGGUGCUGCAGAUGUGAUAAGGGAGAACCCGCAGUUGCUAAACCAGCUCCCUUACACACUAGCUGUACUUCGUGAAUCUAUGCGUUAUCAUACCAACGUCGGUUCAAUGCGUCGUGGCGAGCCCGGGUUCUUCCUCGUGGGUCCGCCAGGCUCCGAUCCUGGAUUUGAGGGGAAGAAGCUGCCAACCGAGGACUUUAUUGUUUGGGAUGGGUCAUAUGCAAUCCAUCGUGACCCUGACAUCUGGCAUAGAGCCUGGGAGUUUCUUCCAGGACGAUUUCUUGUCACUGAUCCAGAGGAUCCCUUGUACCCGCCACCCAACGGCUGGCGUUCAUUCGAGGCCGGGCCACGGGUUUGCAUCGGGCAGCAUCUUGCCACCGUUGAGAUAAAACUAGCAAUGGUACUGGUAGCGAGAUGCUUCGAUGUAGAGUGUGCAUGGGAAGAAUGGGACCAGAUCAAUGGAACUACAAACUCUGAAAAGGCACGACCGACUGUCUGGGGUGAUCGUUGCUAUCAAGUUGGGACAGAUUCGCCGCCACGGGUCAAGAAUGGUAUGCCUGUGCAUGUCAGGACGCGUGGACUGUAG